GCAGUAAAAUACAAAGAAACCCCAGCUCCCUAAGACCUUGACGCACCCAAAACCAAGGCUAAAACACCCUUUGAAGACAAAAAUCCAACAAAUUCUCGGAAAUAGAAAAGAAAUUUUUAUUUUCUCUAGAAAGACAAUCUCUCUAAUUAAGUAACUUUUUUCUUCAUUUUUUUUUGGUUCAUUUGUUUGGACCUCUGUUAGCCCUUUGCCCUUUACAAUUCUUUAGCUUUGAUCAGUUUCAGUUUCCCUUCUUUCCAUUAGCUUCUCUCUCUCUCUCUGUCUCUCUCUGCUAACUUUUUUAGAGAGUUGAAGACUUAAAGAAAUUUGCCUUGCUUCUUCUGUCUUUCUUUUGUUUUCACCCUUUGAUCAUUCUUAAGCAAGAUCAUCAAUCAAAACAAGAUCCAAAUCCUGUUUUCUAUUGCUCUGUGAUCUUCUGUUGUUAGUUCAAACUUAAAAAAAAACCAUGGCUAAUCGGUGGUGGGCAGGGCAAGUAGGACUACAGGGAAUGGAAACAUCAGCUACUUCAUCAUCUCCAAUGAAGAAACCAGAUCUGGGGAUAUCCAUCACAAACAAUGGAGAAACGGGAAGUGGAGGAACUGGGGAAGAAGAAGAAGAAGAAAAAGAGCAUAGCGACGAGCCCAGGGAAGGUGCUAUAGAAGUCUCCACUCGUCGUCCUCGAGGUCGUCCACCAGGCUCCAAAAACAAGCCCAAACCACCUAUUUUUGUCACUAGAGAUAGCCCUAAUGCACUAAGAAGUCACGUUAUGGAAAUUGCCAAUGGUUCUGAUGUAGCUGAAACCCUAGCUCACUUUUCUAGAAGAAGGCAAAGAGGGGUUUGUGUUCUUAGUGGAAGUGGAACUGUCACUAACGUGACACUCCGGCAACCUUCUGCUCCUGGGGCAGUCAUGGCUCUUCAUGGUAGGUUUGAGAUUUUGUCUCUGACUGGUGCCUUUUUGCCUGGACCAGCUCCUCCAGGGUCAACCGGGUUAACAAUAUACCUUGCUGGUGGGCAAGGGCAGGUGGUUGGAGGUAGUGUAGUAGGGUCACUGGUGGCAUCAGGGCCUGUUAUGAUAAUAGCGGCAACUUUCUCUAAUGCUACUUAUGAGAGGUUGCCUUUGGAGGAGGAAGAAGAAGGAGCUAGUGGUGCUCAAGGGCAGCUUGGUGGUGGUGGAAGUGGCGGGUCGCCACCAGGGAUUGGCAGUGGCAGUGGAGGGCAUCAUCAAGGUGGGAUAGGUGGUGCUGAUGGUUCAGGAUUGCCAGUUUAUAAUAAUUUGCCACCAAAUUUGGUUCCUAACGGUGGUCAGCUGAACCACGAGGCUUAUGCUUGGGCUCAUGGUGGAAGGCCACCUUAUCAGUAAAGAGAAGAGGAAGUAAAUUAAAUAGAAAUGCUUGUGAGAGGAACGGAUUCAGGUAUUUAAUUUCUAUUGAAUUGUUCUGAUGAGAGAUAUAUAUUAAAGAAAAGA